GUUUUGCUCCAUGAGUUUGGUGUGGUAUUCAUGAGGGAUAGUUCGUUCAUAAUAUCUUGUCUUGCACAAUAUACGAAGGAGUCAUAUGAGUUUAAAUCAAAACCCUAAAUAUAUUAGCAAAAAGCUUUCUUGUUCAUGAAUGUAUAAAAACCAAUAAAUUAUCUACACAUCCAUCAAUUCAUAACUCACCUUCACUUGGCGAAGCUCCUAAGCUACCACGUGACCCAAAUAUUCACAAAUGUCCCGAUCGGGUUGACCCACUCACCACGAAUCUCGACCUGAAGAGACCAACCAAACACAUCCACAAUCAUAACACCCACAUCCCAGGCUAUCUCAGACCUUCAAGACGCGUCAAUGUUGCAUUGAAGCACACCAGCCACAUUCUGAUCCCUCCAAAGCCGCCUCAUCUCACACAAUGUCUCCAAGCACAUCGCCGACUCCCGACCCGAAAAUCAUCCAAUGGAUCCUCGAUACCCGGCCUUUAUGGCCGAUUCCGCAAAUGGAGAAAUCGAGAGAUCAAGUGCAGGAACUUCCGAAUGUUGUAUGUUGGUACUUCUCGACAAUAUCAUAAAAUGAAUAUGAUUUUGUUUCGUUGAUUCUAUGACUUUUGAUGAAUGAUGUGGAUGGGUGCUAAUCAACAUCUGACUGCCAGGCAUCAAGAGCAUUCAGCCUCAUAACUGAAGAGCAGAAAACGUCGGUAUUGAAAUACUACCAUCGCCGCGAUGCAAAAAUGGCACUUGCAUCCAUCCUCCUCAAGAACCUCGUUGUAGCGAAGUUCUCUGGUAUUCCUUGGAAGUCAAUCAAACUGCAAAAAAGUGAACUGGGAAAACCUAUUUAUGUCCCUGAUAAAUCAAAGUCUCCUGCUCCGGCAAGUAUUGAGUUUAAUGUCUCUCACCAGGCCGGAAUUGUAAGUCUGAUUGCUGCAAUCGGGUAUGAAGAGAAAGUCGAGGUGGGCACGGAUGUCGUUUGUGUUUCUGAGAGGGGAACGAGGGAUGGGGAGAUGGUUGAUCAGGAUGGGUUUUUUGCCUGGGUCGAUAUGCAUGCUGAGGUUUUUGCGGCGAGUGAGGUGAGGUUCAUGCAGAGGGGUCCGAUUCCUCUGAAUGAGUUCGGAAUUCCUGGGACCAUUGUUGCGGGUGGUGACAAGAUUGAGCAAUGCGAAAAGAGGACUGGGAGCGUGAAAGUCAAAAUUAGGGAUGGGGAUAGAGAAAAAGAGGAAGCUCUUGAAUGUAAGAGGGUUAUUGAAGUUAAGUUCAGGAGAUUUUACGCGAUGUGGUGUCUGAGGGAGACGUAUGUUAAGAUGACUGGCGAAGCGCUGUUGGCUCCGUGGCUGAAGGAGUUGGAAAUCUCAAAAGUGAAGGCGCCUGCUGCUUUACCAGGGCAGUUGAAUGAGGAAUCGCUGAAGCCUGGUGAGAUUGGGAAAGACUUUCAUAUCAGGUUCAAGGGGAAAGAGGUUACUGAUGUGAAGAUGGAAUUGUCGGCGUUGGGAAGGGGAUACAUGGUUGGAGGGGCAGUGAGAGGGCGUGUUGGUUUAGAGAUGGGAAGCUGGGUCGAGUUAAAUCUAGAGAAGGAUAUCUUCGAGGUUGCGGAGGGAAAUCCCUGAGAAUUGGGAUACGGUUCCUUGAAUAAAGUAAUACCUUGUUGCCCUCUUAUUUUUCCCUCACCAUGCAAUUGCCAACAAGCCAGAAGUCCGUCCCCUUUCAUUACUGGCAGG